UUGACAAUGACUGUGAUGUAACAUUAUGUGCAACACAAUUAGUGACUAAUAUUGCUAAUAAAAUAGGCCUAGACACUGUAAAUAAUGCCGCGAAAAUAAAUUCGUGGCAACUCUGGCUGCUUGAAGACCGCGCACGACGCCUCUGGGACGCACCGUGCAUGAGCGAUCAUGCAUGGUGUGACGUCAUCGCCCAUCUUGUCGGCUCAAUUACGUCAUCGGAUAACAAGCCAGAGGAAUGUUCAGUGUGUUUUAACGAUUAUGACGAAAAUCAGCUACGACCUCGCACACUGCCAUGUGGCCACACAGUCUGCUCCCAGUGUAUUGACAAUGCUAUCAAGAAUGGUCAGCUGACCUGCCCCAGCUGCCGUGCCGAGCACGCUGCCACAGCCUCUACUCAGUUCCCAAUUAGCUAUGCUGUGGAGGCUUUUGUUAGGAAACUCAAAAAUAUUCAGCUAACAACUGAGGAAGUAGUGCCAGCAAAACCUUAUGAAGGUCACGCCAGAGGCAUCAGUAAGACAUUACGUUCCCUGGUGCAGGAGCAGAAGAGCAUCAUCAGCAGCCUCAUUACUAGCUGUGAAGAGGUACUGUACCAGUUGGGGGAGUAUCGGGGGCAGCUGGGGUACUGGAAGACUCACCACCUCCAGCUCCAGGACAGACUCUAUGCUCUGGUAGAGCAGAACAAGUCAGCAAUGAAGCUCUUGGAACUGGAGGAUACCAGUGUGGUGGAUAUGACAACACAAGGAGAGGAAGGGAAGACUCAGCUGCAGGCCAUGUUGGGGAGCCUCGACACAGUCAACACCCCACAGGAAGUUGGCACAACCAUAGACACAGCUGAUGAGUGCAAGAUGAAGGUAGAAGAUUGGCUCCAGAAGUGCCAGGAACUCUUCCCAGAUGUCAAGACUGUCCACACCUCAGUGAAGGUGCAGGAGACCAUCAGGGAGGCCCUGGAGAUGAUGACCACAGAGACAGGUGCCACAGCUGACCCCGUACACCUGGGAGACUCAGCCUCCAGCAUCAUGAAUAAAGUUCAGGAAAUCACUGGAGAGAUCCACCAGAAGCAAUUAACAGUAAGUUUCUUAUUUUCUCUCGUAGGUCAUAUCACAAGAUAUUGA